AUGCCUGCUCCCCGCCGGACGAGCACUGCGCGCGGCGGCGGCCCCCGCUACUCUGAACGCCCCUCGCGGCGGCGGCUCCGCUGCUUUAAACCACCAACCAGCGCCCGGGGCUGCAGCGCGCCGCAGACAACGCCAGGCGCCGCGCGCGCCCCGCCCCGCCCCCCGCCCCGCCGCAGCGCCAGGAGGAGCGGCCGCGCCGGGCGAGCCCACCGCGGCUUCAGCAGGAGGGAGCGGCGCGGGGCCGGCGGCCGGCGUGGGGUGGCAGAUCCGAGCAGGAAGCGGCCCCCGGUGCCCCCCGCCCCCGCCCUCCGGCCGCUCCACCUGAUCCCCGCUCGGCGGAGGCAGGAACUCGGACGCGAACCGGCCGGCGUCGCCUCGCAGCGCCCGCUCGCUUCCCCGCUCGGGCAGAGGCGAGAUGCGGGGGGGGCCGUCGGCGCCGCCCGCUCCCCAAGCUCCGCCCGCUCCCGGCGGCGGCGGCGGCGGGAGCAGCUCCCCGGCCCGCCGGCGGCGGCUCCUCCCGGCCCAGAUUAUGGCCGCCGCCGCAUCCGCCCCGCGGCGGCCCGGGGAGGGGCGGCGGGCCGCGGCGCUCCGGCGCUCGCCCGCCUGUCAAAGCCUGUUAGCCCGCCGCCCGCCGCCGCCACCACAUCUCGCGAGAGGAGCGCCGGCUCCGCGGGCUGCGGAAUCGGUGAUCAGCCUGGCCGCACUCAUACUGAGGGAGGCCAAAGCACCAUUCUGAGCGAAAGAGGUGGCAGAUGGAGCCCUUGCACUUCAGGCUUCAAGAAGAGGUUCCUUCUUAGAAGAAGGAAGAGGGAACUGGGUGGGAAGUGUAUACUAAUAGGAAGAAAAUGGGGCACAGAAAAUCCCGAAGGAAGAAGAGUACAUCAUCCUAGUGGAAAGACAGCAGGGGCAGGUGAUUCUGCACGAGGGAGAACCUUACAGAGAUGAAAGAAAAAGACAAGGUGUUGUGUUCGUAGCAAAUAAAUUUUGUGAUGUGCAUCCAUCCAAUGUAAUGUGAGAUAAUGCUAAAUACUGGCUUUGAAGAAAGCAAAGAAUUGAGGAUGCUAACACAGUCCCCAUGAAAGACAAGGAAAUAGGGGCCCCAAGAAUAAGAUGGAUGAGGAAAAUGCAGGCCUCAGAACCAAAAGGUUCAAGGAGGUUAAGAAAUACCACUGUAUGGGAAACUGACAAGAGUAAGAGGAAAAUGGACCAAGUCUUCAUAAAGGUCCUGGGACUUCACAUGGCCUGUGAGAAGGGUGAGAGAAUCUGUAACAGUAAAGGAGAGUAUAAGAAUAACUGCCAAGUAAAAUGCCAUUGAUACUAAAAAAUACAGUUUGAAGACGGGAAAAAAAAAAAAAGAAGAAUAUUCAUUUUAAGCUGUUAAUUUAAGGGUUUCUGACAUACCACUACUUAAAAUAUUAACACAGUGGAGUCUGGGUGUACAAAAACGUAACACAUUAAAUGAAAGUAAGCAGUAA